UACUGAACCUUGUCUGAAUAGAUCCGGGAAAAGUUCGAGGUCCUCUUUGCGACAUAGCCGAAUCUGACAUUGCCUCCUCUCCUCCUGCGACAACGGAUAGCUUAGUCGCAAAGAGGCCCUUGAUGAGAUUGUCAGCUAGCCAAAUCACCGCGGCGGUGGUACUGGGCAUUGCGCCCUUGGUUAUUGCCCACGGCGCUCACGAAGCUGGCGCCGGCGCCGGCGACAUGGAGAUGGACAUGGGCAUGGCCCACGGCGCAGACGAGCCGAAAGCCGAAUCCAAAAGCUAUCCGCCAACAUACUUUGCGCUCGCCGACCAUGCGGGGAUAAUGUACGCACACAUUGGGGUUAUGGUGCUCGCUUGGAUAUUCGUUCUGCCAAUUGCUGUGAUGCUUUCCAUUGCCCGCUCUAGAUAUACACUUGCGCUACAAUUCGUUUUCAUGGCAGUGAAUGCGCUUGGAGUUCUCCUAGGAACAAUUUACAAUGCCAGCACACCUGAUCUCUACCCCAACAAUGCACACCACAAGCUGGGCUGGCUAGUAACCUGGGUCCUCUUGGCGCAGGUCCUGAUCGGCCUUGUAGGACGAGUUGCUGGAGCUCUGAGGCACGACAGUCGCGAGACGUCCGACGACAACGAAUACCAAUCAUUCAUUCCAGUUUCUACGGCUGCCAUGGCAGAGCACCACCUCAUCAACAGCUCUCGAUAUGCUAGCGAGUAUCGCCUGUCCAACGAUAGCGGGCAGGGCACUGAGCCUUGUACCGAAUCGCUCCGGAGCCAUUCCCGCUCUUCGUCGUCCAAUGAGGUGUCCCCGCGCAGCUCCGAUGCCUACCUAAAGGAGUACGCCGAAGAAGAGGACGACAUUGAGGAUGGCCUUCCCAUGCCCAUGCCGAGUAACAGGAACGAGAACACCAGUGCCAACCCCAGGUCGGCGAUUGCAAGGGUAGCGGGAAGGAUUCCUUCGCGCGUGUUGAAGGGUUUAGUCUUUUUCUACAACUCAGUCGAUAGACUGAUCUUGCCGCUGGGGUUUGUCACCUUGUGCCUAGGUAUUGUGACCUAUGGGCGGUUCUUUGAGGGCAACGGCAUCUUCAGCGGUUUGGCGCAUUGGGUCAAGGGCGGCAUUUUCUUUUGGCUUGGCUUGUUGACCCUUGGUCGAUGGACAGGCAGCUUUGGUGAACUCGGAUGGGCGUGGAAUGUUCAACCGAAGCGUGCCGGCGGCAAGUGGCGGCCCUCGGCCGAGUUUGUCGAGAGUGCCCUCAUUUUCGUCUACGGAUCGACCAACAUCUUCCUCGAGCAUCUUGGGAACUGGGGAGGAGAGUACAGCGCACAGGAUCUAGAGCACAUUUCAAUCACCGUUCUCUUCAUUGGUGGUGGACUGGUCGGCAUGCUCAUCGAGUCCAGUCGCGUUCGAGAGCUCUUGAACACAUCAGUCAUCAACGCCGCUUCUGAGCACUACCACGACGAGGAAGGGCAGAAGAAGGAUCUGCAGCCGCCGAAGCAAUACGAGUUCUCCAUAAACCCUAUCCCGGCACUCGUCAUCCUCCUCCUGGGCAUCAUGAUGAGCUCGCACACGCAGCACUCUAUGGUUUCGAGCAUGAUUCACAAGCAGUGGGGUAACCUCCUCACCGGCGCCUCUUUUGCUCGUGGAUUCUCAUAUGUCAUCAUGUACCUGAAGCCUCCCAAGUCCAUUCUCCCGUCUAGACCUCCCACGGAGCUCCUUGCCGCCUUUGGCCUGAUUUCUGGCGGAAUCAUCUUCAUGGCGAGUGCUAGCGACACUGUCGAGGGUAUGGAGCAUUACAACCUCGAUGCCAUGUUCAUGUACACCGUGACCAUGGGUCUCGUGGGCGUCCUGAUGGCCUGGGUCGUCAUCGUGUUGGCCAUCAAAGGCUGGGCAGUACGCAAGGAGACCGGCCGCCGAUCGUAUCGGCUGGCUUGAUUUAUCGGCAAAGGAUUAAUCUUGAGUUGCUUGUGUACCGCGUUGAGCGGUAUGAAGUGCUGGUACGGAACGACAACAACAAUGACGCGGUAAUGAGGAUGGGGUCGAUCACGGCAUUAGACAGCGACGGCAUGUGUGAAGCAUGGCUGAGGGCGUUUUCUUCUUCUUUUUUUAAUCUUUAAUCCUAGAGAUACCCUCAUGACAGCUUGGAGAGUUAAAUCAUUAUUUGAUUAUCGUAAUGAUUUGCAAACCCCGAUGAUAUGAGACACAGCAGCAAUGGAUUGUGUUGGAUGUGAGACUCUUUUGCAUUGGUCUUGCUACGGCUCCGUACACGAUUGCCAUUAUCCAUCUUCUGUGCCUGUGCCAACUUCAUCCUUACUCAAAUCCCCUGAGGG